AUGGAUGAGGAUACAGAAUCACAGCGCGGCGCGCUGUCCCCGGUGCUGAUGCUCAGCGCUGCCCCGGAGCCUCCGCCGCGCCCGCCUCCCGCCCUUUCCCCGCCGGGCCCCAGCCCCCGCCAUGGAUCGGCCCGGUCCAGUCCUACCCCAGAAGCGUCGGGAGCCCUGGGUGCGGCGCUCGACAGCAGCCUGCGGGCCGCCGUGGCGUUUAAGGCGGAGGGUCAGCGCUGCUACCGGGAGAAGAAGUUCCGGGAAGCCAUCGGCAAGUAUCAUCGAGCGCUACUGCAGCUGAAGGCGGCGCAGGGAGCCCGCCCUGGAGGCCUGCCCGCCCCCACCCCCGGGCCCGCCACCAGCCCCGGGCCAGCCCGCCUCAGCGAGGAGCAGCGGCGCCUGGUGGAGAACACAGAGGUGGAAUGUUACGACUCUCUCACGGCCUGCCUCCUGCAGUCGGAGCUGGUGAACUAUGAGCGGGUGCGCGAGUACUGCCUCAAGGUGCUGGAGAAGCAGCAGGGCAACUUCAAGGCUACCUACCGCGCCGGCAUUGCCUUCUACCACCUGGGUGACUAUGCACGCGCCUUGUGCUACCUGCAGGAGGCCCGCAGCCGGGAGCCCACAGACACCAACGUCCUGCGCUACAUCCAGCUGACUCAGCUCAAGAUGAACCGCUGCAGCCUCCAGCGGGAAGACAGUGGGGCCGGGCCUGGGACUCGGGACGUCGUUGGCUGA